GAGCCUGCGCGCGACAUGGAGGGGCUGCUUGGGAACGAUGAAGGUGGCUUGCUGCGUGGUGGCUACGGCUUGCGUCGGGGCUCGCCGGCUACGGUUGACGCUCCGACGGAACUCUACGGGGCUUGACGGCUACGAUGGGUACUCCGACGGAACUCCUCGGGUCCUGACAGCGUUGCUUCGUGGAGGGCUGCUCGCUGCUGCGCAAAUCGCCGGAAAACGCAGAGAAAGGGCGGUGAUUGUUGCUUACGGUGGUGGCUCGCGGAGAGGGAGGAGGACGACAGUGCUGGUCGUGGGUGGUGGUGGCUUGCUGUGGUGGCUGUGGAGCUCUUCGCUGGCGAUGAUGGAGGGUCUGUGGCGGGGCUGGAAGUUGAAGACGAUGGGUUCGAAAGGGGGCUCGCGGCUAGACGGUGGACUGCGGUUGCUGAUCGGGAUAAGGAGCCUGCGCGCGACAUGGAGGGGCUGCUUGGGAACGAUGAAGGUGGCUUGCUGCGUGGUGGCUACGGCUUGCGUCGGGGCUCGCCGGCUACGGUUGACGCUCCGACGGAACUCUACGGGGCUUGACGGCUACGAUGGGUACUCCGACGGAACUCCUCGGGUCCCGACAGCGUUGCUUCGAGGAAAGCUGCUCGUUGCUGCGCAAAUCGCCGGAAAACGCAGAGAAAGGGCGGUGAUUGUUGCUUACGGUGGUGGCUCGCGGAGAGGGAGGAGGACGACAGUGCUGGUCGUGGGUGGUGGUGGCUUACUGCGGUGGCUGUGGAGCUCUUCGCCGGCGAUGAUGGAGG